AUGUGGGGACAGACGCCUGGCGGCGUUUUGUAUCGCCAGCACACAAGAGAUGGCGUCCGUGAGGGCGCGACGAACGAACUACACAAUACUGCUUUCCCAAGUGAAGUCUACUCCAACGUGACUACCAGUCAACCACUACACAGAAGAGCCUCAAGCGAGGAAACACCUCAAGAUGAUUCUUCAGACUCGGAGGUUAUAUGGGGUGAAAGAGAUGUUGGCAGACCUAUCAGCACGCGCGAGGCCAUGGCUGACUACGAAGAAAUGAGACGGGAGCUCACACAACUAAACCUUCAGCGGACGAAGAGCAGGAAAUCUUCACAUGCUGGUGAACAAACGAACCUAUUUCGUACUAUAACAGGCUCAAGCUUGGGCAGACAAAAGACCUCGAAAUCGAGGCGGCGCAGUGACGCAACUGCUGGUACUGUCGACGAAGAGGAGAAAGACGUGGAAGCACAAGAUGGCCAAGGCGAGGAAGACUUUGAUAUAGGCGGCUUCUUGAAAGAUGGUCAUUUUGAAAAGAGAACACCAGAGGGUCAUUCAGCAAAGCGGUUGGGUGUCCUCUUCAAAGACCUCACAGUCAAAGGUGUUGGUGCAUCUAUGAUCUUUACAAAAACCGUUCCCGAUGCAAUCCUAGGAACAUUCGGCCCAGAUCUAUAUCGUAUAGUUUGUCGCUUUAUUCCUGCACUUCAUGUCGGCAAGAAGCCUCCAGUCAAGACCAUCAUCAACAACUUCACUGGCGCUGUACGUGCUGGCGAAAUGAUGCUUGUCCUUGGCCGACCAGGAUCUGGCUGCUCCACAUUCCUCAAAGUGAUUGCCAACAAGAGAGACGAAUACGCAGAAGUGAUUGGUGAAGUGAACUAUGGUGGUAUUCCUGCGGACGAACAGAAGAAGCACUUUAAUGGUGAGGUCAACUACAACCCUGAAGAUGACCAACAUCUUCCAAGUUUGACGGUUUGGCAGACUUUGUCGUUCGCCCUUAUGAACAAGACUAAGAAGCACGAUCGAGAUAGUAUCCCCGUCAUCAUUAAUAGCCUCCUGAAGAUGUUUGGCAUUGAACACACAAAGCAUACACUCGUGGGCAACGAAUAUGUUCGAGGUGUCAGUGGUGGUGAACGAAAGCGUGUCAGCAUUGCAGAGACCCUGGCGACCAAGAGUUCGGUGGUCACCUGGGAUAACUCUACUAGGGGUCUCGACUCGAGCACGGCCAUCGACUAUGUCAAGUCGUUGCGGAUCAUGACUGAUAUAUCAAACCGAACGACAUUCGUGAGUUUGUAUCAGGCUGGCCAGGGUAUCUACGACCUCUUCGAUUCUGUUCUAGUGAUAGACGAAGGACGAAUGAUUUAUCAAGGUCCAGCUUCUCGCGCUAGAAAAUACUUCGAAGAUCUCGGCUUUUUUGCGCCCGAGAGAAUGACAACCUCAGAUUUUCUGACUUCAGUUGGCGAUCCUACCCAACGAAGAUUCCAAAAGGGUAAGGAAGCUUCAACGCCAAAAACCGCAGAAGAACUUGAGACCGCCUUCCGCAAAUCAGACAUCUGCAAACAAGGCAUGGCCGAGGUAGAUCGUUACGAAAAAGAGAUACAUUCGAACGACCAGGAUGUCAAAGACUUCACCGAUGCGGUAGCGGAGCAGCAAUCGAACAGCAAGCUGAUGAGCUCUCGAUCGAGCUACACUGUAUCUUUUCCACGACAAGUCUGGGCAUGCACCAAGAGGGAGUUUGACCUUUUCUGGAACGACAAAACUACCAUCUAUACGAAGCUAUUUAUCAUCAUCGCCAAUGGUUUGAUUGUGGGAUCUUUGUUUUAUGGUGAAAGCUUCGAUACUUCCGGCGCAUUCUCAAGAGGUGGUGCAUUGUUUUUUUCGAUUCUCUUUCUCGGUUGGUUGCAACUGAGCGAGCUGAUGAAAGCUGUCUCUGGAAGGACCAUCAUCAACCGACACAAGGACUAUGCAUUCUACAGGCCGUCAGCCGUCGUCAUUGCUCGAGUCGUCCAAGACGUUCCGAUACUGGCAGUCCAAGCAGUGAUUUUCACCAUCAUCUUGUAUUGGAUGUCAAACUUAGCACCCGAUGCUGGCAAGUUCUUCAUCAAUCUACUCUUCGUCUACACAUCCACUUUCUGCAUAACUGCACUUUAUCGCAUGUUCGCCGCAUUGAGUCCCACCAUAGACGAUGCCGUGCGAUUCUCUGGCACUGCACUCAAUAUCUUGAUCAUCUAUGUCGGCUACAUUAUUCCCAAGCAGACUUUGCUACAAGACAGGAUAUGGUUUGGCUGGCUUUUCUGGACUAACCCUGUUGCAUAUGCAUACGAGGCCGUGCUGACCAAUGAGUUUAACGGAAGAGUGAUGGACUGUUCACCUUCGCAACUCGUGCCUGCAGGACCUGGUCUUGAUCCUCAAUAUCAAUCAUGCGCCUUGACAGGUUCGCAACCAGGAAGUACUACGGUGACUGGUGAGAACUACUACUCGACCUCGUUCUCAUACUCUCGAUCGAAUUUGUGGCGCGACUUUGGUGCUCUCGUCGCGUUUACCAUACUCUAUAUUCUCGUUACAGCUAUUGCGACCGAAUUGUUCUCCUUUACUAUUUCUGGCGGAGGUGCAUUAAUCUUCAAGAAGACCAAGCGAGCGAAGAACCAGAUAAACCAGGAAGAAAAAGGCAGUGCAUUAGAUGAAGAGAAAGUUGCAGCUGCUCAAGCAAGUUCCCGCGACUCUGGUGCAAGCUCAGAGACUGUGCAGGGCCACAAUUCAGAUGGCAACAAGGACGAUAUCACCAAUGAGAUCGCUCAGAGCAAAAGUGUUUUCACUUGGGAGAAUGUGUCGUACACUGUGCCUUAUCAAGGAGGCACUCGACAACUCCUGAACGGCGUCAAUGGAUACGUCAAGCCAGGAAUCAUGAUUGCCCUGAUGGGUGCCUCCGGCGCAGGAAAGACGACUCUGCUUAAUACCCUCUCACAGCGACAGACCAUGGGUGUUGUGUCAGGUGACAUGCUUGUUGAUGGCCAAGCUUUGGGUGUGGAAUUCCAAAGAGGUACUGGAUUCUGUGAGCAAAUGGAUCUACAUGAGAUGACAGCCUCUGUUCGUGAGGCUUUCGAAUUCUCUGCUCUGUUGCGUCAAAGCGCAGACAUUCCAAGGGAAGAAAAGAUAGCUUACGUCGACCGCAUUAUCGAACUACUCGAGCUCGAAGACAUCCAGGACGCCCUCCUCAUCUCUCUUGGUGUUGAGCAGCGUAAAAGAGUUACAAUCGGUGUGGAGCUAGCUGCGAAGCCACAGCUUCUGCUGUUCCUGGACGAGCCUACUUCUGGUCUUGACAGCCAGGCUGCUCUCAGCAUUACUCGAUUCCUGAAGAAGCUGGCCCAUGCUGGCCAGGCUAUUAUCUGCACUAUCCAUCAACCCUCAUCAGUCUUGAUCCAGGAAUUCGAUAUGGUGGUGGCACUAAAUCCCGGUGGCAACCCCUUCUACUUUGGCCCGAUUGGUGAGAAUGGCUCCGACGUUAUCAAGUACUUCGCCGCCCGUGGUGUUGAAUGCCCACCUGGUAAGAACGUUGCAGAGUUCCUUCUGGAAACAGCUGCAAAGGGUCGUAAGAACCCAAAGACGGGCAAACGCAUCAACUGGAACGAAGAGUGGAAACAGUCCGAACAAAACAAGCAGAUGCUGGCUGAAAUUCAACGUCUGAAAGAGUCUCGUUCAAAAGAGGUCGCCCAAAAUGCAUCACAACAAGACAAAAAAGUCGAGCGUCAAUUCGCAGCACCUGUUUGGACACAGACAUAUCUAUUGACGAAACGAAACUUCAUUGCACAAUGGCGUGAUCCUUCCUACCUAUACGGCAAGAUUUUCGUGAGCGCCAUCAUUGGUAUCGUCAACGGCUUCACCUUUUACAACCUCGCAAACGACAUCGCCUCAUUACAGUCCCGUCUCUUCUCAGCUUUCUUGAUCCUUUUCAUACCGCCCACCAUCGUCAACGCAGUAGUGCCGAAAUUCUACAUGAACCGCUCACUCUGGGAAGCGCGCGAACACCCAUCGCGAAUCUACAACUGGUUCGCCUUCUGCACAGCACAAAUCGUCCCCGAAAUACCAUGGGCCAUCAUCGGCGCUGUUGUCUACUUCCUCAUCUGGUACUAUCCCGCCAACCUGCCUCGCGACAGCAGCACAGCCGGCUACGUCUUCCUCAUGUCAAUGCUCUGGUUCUUCUUCCAAGCAUCCUGGGGCCAAUGGAUCUGCGCCUUCGCACCCGACUUCACAGUUAUCAGCAAUGUCCUCCCAUUCUUCUUCGUCAUGGUCUCUCUCUUCAACGGCGUUGUGCGUCCUUACGAGCAGAUCCCCGCCUUCUGGCGCUACUGGAUGUACUGGAUCAACCCGUCUCAAUGGUGGAUUGGUGGAGUCCUCGCUGCCACUCUAGGCAAUAUCGAGAUCCGCUGCGCAGAGGGCGAAAGUACAAUCUUCAACCCGCCUCCAGGCCAGACCUGCGGAAGCUACGCCGGCCCCCUCGUGGCUAACAUGGCAUCGGGCUAUAUCACUAACCCCGAAGCCACAGCCAACUGCGGGUACUGCCAAUAUGCAAACGGUGCCGAAUACCUCGCGACGUUGAACAUCAAACCUGGCGACAAAUGGCGCGACUUUGGCAUCUUCCUUGUCUUUGUGAUUAGCAAUUGGGCACUGGUUUACUUCUUCAUCUAUACUGUUAGAGUCAAGGGAUUCACCUUUGGCAUGGGACCGCUGUUUGGCAGUGUUGGGAAGGGUGUGGGUGCGGUGAAGAACCUGAUUCAGAGGAAAAAGAAAGGCCAGGAGCAGGAAUAG